AAAGCCCAAUAAGCGAAAGGAAGCAGAGACGCGUUUGCGUUUGGUUGAAAACGCGGUUUGAAUCUGAAUCUCUUUCUCUCCUUCCUUGGCCGUGAAUCUCACAGAUUCUUUCUACCUACGAUGUUGGGUUUGCGCAGAUCCGCGGCGACUUUGUUCGACCAUAGCCAGUCUCUGCUUCGUAAUCUAUCGUUUCAUGGACUGCGUGUGCAAGGAAUCCGUGUGGGAAACGCAGAGGUUCCAAACCACAAGCCCCUCAAAACCGGUCUUCAAGAAGUUUACGGAAUAGGACGCCGUAAGUCUCACCAGGUUCUCUGUGGGCUCGGCAUCACCAACAAACUUGCCAGAGACUUAACUGGUAAAGAGCUUAUUGACCUCCGUGAAGAAGUUGGCAUGCACCAACAUGGUGAUGAAUUGAGGAGGCGUGUUGGAUCGGAGAUACAGAGACUGGUGGAAGUAGACUGUUACAGAGGAAGUAGACAUAGACAUGGGAUGCCUUGCAGAGGUCAAAGAACCAAGACUAAUGCUCGCACUAAGAAGGGUAAGAGAGUUGCCAUUGCGGGAAAGAAGAAAGCUCCUCGCAAAUAGAACUGCUAAGACCUUUCUGUGGUACCACUCUACUACUCUGUUGGGAUGAAAAUUUGAUCAAUAACUGCCAUUGCAGAGGAAGAAGAGAACUUCCUAGCAAACAUGCUCUUGAACUUGUUCUUGUUCUGUAAUACUCUCCAGCUUCUCUAGUUUCUUGUUUGCUUCGUUAUCCUCAUAACACGAAUAAAAACGUUAGCCCAUUAACAACUUUUUAUUAGUCA